ACUCUACAACAAACAAACAGCUAUAAAUACCUGGUGCAAGGAUUUCUCAGAAUAAUGCUCUCUCCAACUCCAAGAAAAAUACCUCUCUCUUCCUUCGUUUCGAUCGUCCAUUUGAUUUUGAUUUCGAUUUCGAUUUCGAUUUCGAUUUCUCAGAUCGCCAUGGCAGAUUCCUCCGAAUCCACUCCAAGCUCCGGCGUUACUCCGGCCUCAUCCGAAACAGCCGUUUACAUCGUCCACACCGACCAGGACAAUAGCAACGAAGACCCUGAGGCUUAUCACGUUCGAACCCUAGCAUCCGUCCUGGGAAGUGAGGAGGCGGCGAAGGGGGCUUUGAUUUACAGUUACAAGACGGCUAUGCAUGGAUUCUCCGCUAAGCUCACUCCGGGGCAGGGCGCCGAGAUUUCAAAACAACCGGGUGUUCUUCAGGUUGUUAAGAGCCAGACAGUCCAACUGCAUUCUGCAACAGCGUCGUUUGGUUGAAUAAACAGCAGAUGUUAAGAGGCCAUUGGUUAAAAGGUUCUCUCUUUAUGUGUACUAGCCAGAUUAACUUGACAUGCCCUUUGAUAGGGUGUGGUGGUGUGCUUCUACAUAAAUGAAUAAAUAAGGCUUUUACAAGUGAUUGCGUGUAAA